ACUCGGUGCGCUGGAGAAGAAGAAUAAGCAGGACAUAAACAAAGACAGUUAACGUUAAGUUAGUCAGGGUGAAUGGAUUAAUGUGAGAAGCGUCUUUAGUUUUUAUCUCAGAUUCAGAUCAGAUCCGGAAGAGUUUAACCGGAUCGAGUCUGUACACGUGUCCUCUCCCCGGUGUCGGUUCUGUGGGCUGAGUGAGUGAGUGUGUCUGUAGUUCUGGUGGUGCUGCUCCUGCUCUGAACUCUGUUAAAGGAUAAUAUUUAGUUUUAAUGGAUUCCUCCGGGUCCGGUGGAGCAGCUGAGCCUGAGGAGAAGCCCCGCACUGAGCCUCUGCCCCCGGCUGUUCUCGCCCGGAUCGAGAGGAACCGCCAGCGGGCGCUGCUGCUCCGACAGGCGCGCCUCGCCCGCGCAGCGCCCGCUGCUGGAGACGGGUCAACUGCUGCAAAAGUGUCCAAAACCAUAGAUUCUGGCGCAGGAUUCUUCAUUGAGGAUGAGGAGGAUGAUGAAGAACAGAGGACGAUAAAAGUAGUACAUAAGCCAGCCCCAGUUAUGGAACCAGACUAUCUGAUGUGUGAGGAAUGUUCCAGGCCGUUUAUGGAUUCAUAUCUCAGCAACAGUUUUGAUCUUUCUGUGUGUGACAAAUGCAGGGAUAAUGACGUAAAGCAUCGGCUGAUUUCUCGGACGGAGGCGAAGCACCAGUAUUUAUUGAAGGACUGUGAUCUGGACCUGAGAGAACCACCACUGCGCUUCGUCCUGAAGAAGAACCCCCACAACCCCCGCUGGGGGGACAUGAAGCUCUACCUGAAAACACAGGUGGUGAAACGCUCUCUGGAUGUUUGGGGCAGUGAGGAGGCGCUAGAGGAGGCUCGUGAGAGCCGAGAGGAGAACAGGGAGGUGCAGAAACAGAAACGCUUCAAUAAAAAAGUGAAAGAGCUGAGACGAGCGGUCAGGAGCAGCAUGUUCAAGAAGGACACCAGCGUCCACCAGCAUGAUUACGGGCCAGAGGAAGUGGUGGAUGAAGAAGAGGACCAGUAUAGGAAAGUGUGUAAAACUUGCGGACACCAGCUCACCUAUGAGAAGAUGUAGAUUCGGGUGUGCUCCAAACCAUGACCACAUUCACUCUGUAGGGAGGAAGAGGAAGUGUGAAAAUGAGGGAGGAUCAGAUCAAGCUGCCACUAGGUCAAAACAAACAAAACAAAAAAAUUCUAAUAAUUUUCUUAUGUUUUCUCUACUUCUUCUUUGUUUCUUCUUAUUUUUUUCUUUCUCCCUUACUGAUGUUACAUAUAUUUGUUUUACUACCUCAUCUCUACCUUCAUUUCCAUGUCUUAUCUGUUCUCUUUUGUAUCCAACUUUUGUCAAAAAAUAUGACCAGUACAUCCAUCACAAGUGCUCAGCAUCGGUGGAUGAACAUCUGACAUGUACAUUUUAAGUGCCAGUGUUUCUACAUUAAAAAAACUCUCACACUCUCACACACACCUCCAGCGCAUCCAACCCCUGGUGGACACUGGGGCCAUGCAAACAUUAACUGACAUGAACAAAAUGACAUUUUGUAUAUCUUUGUGACAGUGGUUCAGGGCAGAGUUCAUGCAGUACUCACCCUGAUCACUUGGUGCUGCUGCAGAGUCACCAUUGUUGCCUAUAGAUAAAAAAAAAGCUGAAUAAAAAUGAUUUAGGCUUUUUCUUACAGGGAACAAACAUGACCACAGACUUUAUUUGCUGGAUGAACUUCAAGAGUGAGCACACUUAUGAGUAUGAGAUUAUUUCUGUUUGUACAUUUCGCAUGUACGUAUUUUUUUCAAACUCAGCAGGUUAAAAUAAUACUACAAUAAAAAAAUGAAUAAUGACUUAUA